AAAACGUGGUUUCCGCAAUCUCCAUAAAUACCUUCCGAAAUGUUAUCAUCGGUACAUUUUUACGUUAUACUAUUUUUUGUGACCAGGAUAAUGCACAGCCAGUCGUUGUGUUCUUGUAAUCAAACUGAUUUAAAUUUUGCGACUGGUAUCAAUCUGCUCUAUUAUAAAUGCAAUAAUGAAACUUCUGCAACGAUCGCCUAUCCCAUCACAGUGCCACAAAUGUUGCUAAAUGUAUUGGACAAAAAUAAACGGACAAUUUUUUACAUUUACGGAUACUUGCAAUAUCCGGAGGAUCCAAAUGUUCAGUUAAUGAUGAAAGGACUUUGUUACGGAAAAACAGACAAUGUUGUGUUACUCGAUUGGAGUAAAUACUCUAGAGACAAAUAUACAACCAGUUUCAAAAAUGCUGAAAAAGUAGGUAGUUUAUUUGCUCGAAGUAUACGACUGCUUAUGGAGAGCGGCCUUGACGUAUCGAAAAUUUACAUCGUUUCACACUCCUUAGGUGCUCACAUAGCUGGUUUUGCUGGUAAAUGCAACGACUUUCAAAUACCUCGCAUUACAGCAUUAGAUCCUGCGAAUCCUAUUUUUUAUCCUCCCGGGUGCUAUCUUACACGAAACGAUGCGUCAUGGGUGGAUGUUAUUCACACAGACCGGGGUGGAUAUGGCACCCCAACAUCUAUGGGAACAGCGGAUUAUUACGUGAACGGUGGUACUCGUCCUCAACCCGAUUGCAUAUUCCUUGGUUUACCAUUAAGCGAUGCCGAUUUAUGCAGUCAUCAGAGAUCAGUCAUGCUAUACGUAAAGUCGAAACUCCAACCUACCAAAUUUACCGCAGCUGAGUGUUCUUCCUAUUUUCAUUAUAUAUUAAAUAAUUGUCCUAGAAUUAGGCAAAUUAGUAUUGGAUACACAGCAACAAAUAUACGCGGAUCAUUUUAUCUUAAUAUACAACAUUAUUAGUACGAUCCAGUUAUACUGUUACUAUUCAAUGUACUAUUCAAUGUAUUAGUCAAAGUGUGAAAAUAUAAUAAAAUCACAAUAAUUUUAUGUUUG